AUGUAUACAUUUCUACCGUACUCAUGGUUUCGUGUCCUUGAUCUUACAGCGACUUUUGGGAAUGUGCGUCUAUUAAAAUAUGCAUUACCACGAUGUGAUAUAAAUUUUAUUUCAGAGUUUAAUUCUCACACAAUCAGUUGGUCUAGUAUUUUAAAAGGCAUAUUUUGCAUGUCCUUUGACUUUAACAGAUUUUCAUCGUUUAAGUGUUUUAUGACAGACAGCCAACACCAAGUGAGGUUGUCAAAAAAACGAGCAAAACUGAAGAUCACUAGCAAGGGUGGACUUCACAAUUUUCAAGCUAACUGCAAUACUUUUAUAGCAGGACAACGCAUGCUUUAUUUAUCUCAAAAUUCACUAAUAUCGUGUAAGACCCUCCCCAAUCCCCAAAAUUUCUCUUUUUUUGUGAUAGAAAAGGAUUCAAAGAUAUACCAAGAUGGCUAA